GUCACCCAGUCACUGGGCACAACAGUCGAUUACAAGUGGGGCUUGGUCGACUCGACGCUAUCAGUCAUUCCUUUCUCCGAACAUAAGCAUUCAAAUUAUAAUUAAUGGCAACUAUGGAAGAUGUUCCUCUCGAUACGUCGACCUCCGAUGAACCAGUGAUCAAAAAAGGAUCGGGCUUUUGGUCGAAGGAGUAUGUUUGUACAAGGGUCAAACUGUUCGCUUUGUUUACCAUACUUGUAGUUUUUCUUGUGAUCAUCAUUAUCUUGGCUGCUUUACUUGGUCAUGCUCGCUCAAGGAGAUCUAAAGGGUCAGACGAUGGUCCUCARACUGGAGGUACAUCAGCGCCUGCGCCAACAACGCCCGGAACGGAGGCCUGGUGGCAGAUUCGUCUACCACGUAACGUAGUUCCGGUUCACUAUAACGUUUUUCUGAACGUAACCGUAGAUCUACCACGUUAUGAUGGUAACGUCGAGGUUGAGGUCAACGUGACUAGUCCCACUGAUCUGAUAUUGAUUCAUAGCCUUGGUUUAAAUAUCACUCAACUUACAGUCAAGAAGAAGGUGAAGUCUAAAGAUAAUAUUCCAAUCAGAAGACACUUUGAGUUCAAAAAGAAUGAGUUUUACGUGAUUCAAACCGAUUCCAUGCUGUCUCCGUCUCUCUACGUUGUAACAAUGCAUUACGAAGGGUUUUUUAGUCGAGAUCUUCGAGGUCUGUACCGUAGCACGUACAAAUACCCUAACGGGAAGCUUAGCAAUUUCGCUUCAACACAAUUUGAACCCGUUAGAGCACGAACAGCGUUUCCAUGCUUUGAUGAGCCCGCACUCAAAGCGACAUUCAACGUCACUAUCGCUCAUCACCCACAAUACAUCGCAUUGUCCAACAUGCCKAUAUAUAGAAGUGUAGCCGUAAGAGGACAAACGCAUGAUUAUUUUGGUAAGACGGUUGUCAUGCCAACGUACCUUGUUGCUCUCGCCGUUGGAGACUUCAAGUAUCGAAAGAUUGUGACAAAAAACAACGUGGAGAUGAGAAUAUACAGCCGUCCAUCAGUCGUAAAUCACACAACACUGGCUGCCAAUGACGGGAGUAAAAUUAUGACGUUCUUUGAAGAAUACUUUGGUGUCAAAUAUACUUUACCUAAAGCAGAUAUGAUUGCUCUACCCGACUUCGGUCCCGGUGCCAUGGAGAACUGGGGAUUGAUUACUUAUAGAGAAAGAUACUUGUUGUGGGAGGCGAGUGUGUCAUCGGAAUGGAAUAAAGUAACCACUUCAAACAUCAUCUCGCAUGAAAUUGCUCACCAGUGGUUUGGUAACAUCGUAACUAUGAAAUGGUGGGAUGAUUUAUGGCUGAACGAAGGUUUUGCAACAUACAUGACAUCCAAAGGAACUGCAGACGCACACCCAACGUGGCAAAUGGAUGACCGUAAUUUCUGGAGUUCGUUUUCCACAGCUAUCCCACUCGAUGGAUUGGUUUCAUCUCAUCCUGUCAAAGUCAGAGUUAAUGGUCCAAAUGAGAUCUUUGAGAUCUUUGACGCCAUCUCGUACAGAAAGGGAUCGUCGAUCUUAGCUAUGUUGGAAUCAUUCCUUGGAAGUAACGUUUUUAUAGCUGGAAUUAGGGAAUACAUAAAAAAACACGCUAUGUCCAACGCAGAAACAGACGAUUUGUGGCAAGCGCUGAAGGAGAGCUGCGAAAAAUUGAAAGGCCGUAACUGUGAUGUCAAGCAUGUGAUGGACACGUGGACACUCCAAAUGGGAUAUCCAGURGUUAAACUCACUAAACAAGGCCCAUCAAAGUACCUAGUGACUCAAAAACACUUCUUYUUUGACAAAACAGCKAACGUCUCAGAYUCUAAAUACAAAUCACCUUUCGAUUAUAAAUGGGUCAUUCCAUUCACUUUCGUAUCCAGUAAUAACAAAGAAAAGAGAAUUCAUUGGAUGGAUAUGGGAUCAAUUUCUAUCAGUGACGAUAGUCCGUGGAUAAAAGGGAAUUAUGGCCAAAGGGGAUACUACAUUGUUAACUACGAAGACAGCAACUGGAAGGCUCUCAAAGACCAGCUAAACAAAGACUUUACAGUACUGAAUACUACAGACCGUGCAGGUCUGAUUUUUGAUGCAUUCAUUCUGGCAAGUGGUGGUGACAUUGGCUACGAUACAGCGUUCAACAUUACUACUUAUCUUAAGAAAGAAAAGGAUCUUYUACCAUGGGAAAUGCUGAUGGGACGGAUCAAUCAAAUACGAAGUCUACUUUCGCACACCAGUUCCGUCUACAAAAAACUAAAUAAAUACUUGAUACAUCAAGCUAGCGAUCUUUACAGRAAGCUUGGUUUCUCAACGUCUGGAAACCAUUUGGACAUAUUUAAGAGACGUCUUCUCCUUCGACUGUUCUGCAGUGCUGAUYUCCCUUCAUGCGUCAAUAAUGCCACUCGACGAUUUGCUGAAUGGAUGAAAAACCCAAAGCAAAAGAUUGCUCCAAAUCUCCGUGAAAUAGUAUUGCAAUACGGAGUUGCAAAUGGUGGAGUCAAAGAGUGGGACUUCGUAUUCAACCAGUACCUAAAGGGGGGAACACCAAAUGAACAACAAGACUUGAUACGUGCAAUGGGAGCGACAAAAGAACCUUGGCUCCUUACCAAAUAUAUGGAAUACGCAUUAGACCCGAAAAAAUUCGCAAAGAACAAAGUACGAUACGUGUUUGGCUACGUCACAGCAAAUCCAAUUGGAAACAAAGUUGCUUGGGAUUUUGUUCUUCUAAAUUGGAAUAAAAUAAGCAAAAGAUUCGGUAGCGAGAUGCUUACGUACCGACGUCUAGUCCCAAUGAUAGCAAAAUACUUCAAUACUGACUACGAACUUCAAAAGUUAGAGGAGUUAACAAACAAGUUCGUGAAAAGGACUGGUAUCAAGCUAACGGCCAUGGAGCAGACCGUCGAAGGGGUGAAAUCAAACAUCCACUGGCGUAAGAAGAAUACUGAGACAAUUGAAAAAUGGCUAACCAAAUACUUAACCGACAACAAAAUUCAAUAGAGGUGGUAGUGAGAGCUGGUACUAAUGKGAAAUGGAUGCGUAUAGAACAAGCACAUUACCAUAAAGACUUAAGCUAGGCAAACGUUUUGGUGUAAGGAUAUUUCUAGACGGUUACUGACAUGACUACUGCUUUUUUAACUGUAAAAUUUUCUCAGUGUUUURCCUACAGUUCCAUGAUCAUAACCAUUUUAAUUGUAUUAUGAGAUCAAAGGCUUCGCUCAAGCAAUUCUAUUCAACCGACAGAACAUCUUCCAGACCWUCUCAAACCGUCGGCGUCUUUGAUACAGCAACGUUAUAUUUUAAUUUGUACAUAUUUGAUCAAAAGUUACCGAGUUAAUUAAUUUUGAUCAAACACGAGCCGAUGAACAGCAUAGUAUGAUUUAAAUUGUAAAUUUGUGCGUUACUAGUAUCACUAGUAUAGAUUAUAGCAAUUCUGUCCAAUAAUUCAUUACAUUUGAAAAUAGUGAUAUUUAUAAAAUGAUGAGAUAAAUAAUUCUAUGUUUGUGUGGUUCA